GAAGCGCCUGCUGCAGAACUUUGGGAGCAAAUAACUGGGGUGGGCUCGUCCAAGUACUUUGACGAGGCACCCGUGUGCCUUGGAAUCUCUGCCAGCUGGUGAUCUCCGUGGGCUGCAGGAAAAGAGAGGACAGGAUGGAGGAGAUGUGGGACGGAUGGUGUUGGUCCUCUGACUCCCCAGAACCGACCUCGCUUUGGCUGUCUACAGUCUCCUUUUCCUCAGCGUCUGCUGGGAACAGGACUUCUAAAAGGCAAAUAUGUCUGGAAGGCUGUGGUCCAAGGCCAUUUUUGCUGGCUAUAAGAGAGGUCUCCGGAACCAAAGAGAGCACACAGCUCUUCUUAAAAUUGAAGGUGUUUAUGCCCGAGAUGAAACUGAAUUUUAUUUGGGCAAGAGAUGUGCUUAUGUAUACAAAGCAAAGAACAACACAGUGACUCCUGGCGGCAAACCAAACAAAACCAGAGUAAUUUGGGGAAAGAUAACUCGAGCCCAUGGAAACAGUGGCAUGGUUCGUGCCAAAUUCCGAAGCAACCUUCCUGCUAAGGCCAUUGGACACAGAAUCCGUGUGAUGCUGUACCCCUCAAGGAUUUAAAGUGAUGAAAAGUAAAUAAAAGUAGAUUUGUGCUGUUGUA